AUGACUCUGAAUCUCGAUUCUAAAGACCAUUCCAACUUUCGUCUUCCCCAUUUUCCCCCGCCUUUACACACUCGCUCCGGCAAUGAGGCGUUCGAUCGCCCCUCAACGCCCCGCGACGAUGGCUUUACCAGCCCAAUCUCAACCCCGCUAGGCAGCCCAAGCAAGAGCCGUAUGCCUCCUGGUGCCCUGGACCUCCCUAGUGUUUUCGAUAACGCUCUGAAACUGCAGCCUUCAUCGCCAACCAAGAAUGCGCACAACAAUUUCAACCAUCCAAUGUUUACCCUACCCAAUCAGAGCGGCGAAACCUUCAAUGAGAGUGUUAUUCGUCCGGCCAGUCCCAGUCGGCGACCCAAGAAUGAGAACACUUUACCGCAAUCGGCUCCCCUAACCAAGGAUCUGGGUCGUAAUCCAGCUGCCGCGGCCAUUUCUCGUCAAGAGCAAUACCACACCCGAGAUCUGGAGAGCGUGCAGAGACGUCAGGUGCCGAUGCGGGGGCUGACUCCGGAGGAAUUGGAAAAACUGCAGAACCCACGCGUAAAGCGCCUGGUCAACGUGACCCAGCUAUAUUUCCUGGACUAUUAUUUCGACCUGUUGAGCUACGUUCACAACCGGCAAACCCGCUAUUCCCAGUUUUGCGCCGCAAAUCCUGAGCCUCCCGCGACACCGAUCGAAGAGUAUGAGCCUGCUUUAUCCAAAUAUUUGGGUCGGGAACGGGCCCACCUCCGCAAGCGUCGUACCAGACUUAGGCAGGGCGAUUUCCAGAUUUUGACUCAGGUUGGUCAGGGUGGGUACGGACAGGUGUACUUGGCAUCAAAGAAGGACACCAAAGAAGUAUGCGCUUUGAAGGUCAUGAGCAAAAAACUUCUAUUUAAACUGGAUGAGAUUCGGCAUAUCCUUACCGAGCGCGACAUCUUGACAGCAGCGAAGAGCGAAUGGCUAGUGAAGCUUCUUUAUGCAUUCCAGGAUGAAACACAGAUUUAUUUUGCAAUGGAGUUCGUGCCAGGAGGCGAUUUCCGCACCCUGCUCAACAACACGGGCGUGCUGCACAACCGGCACGCUCGCUUCUAUAUUGCCGAGAUGUUUUGCUGCAUCGAUGCCUUGCAUGCUCUGGGCUAUAUCCAUCGUGAUUUGAAACCGGAAAACUUCCUUAUUGACUCAACUGGCCAUGUGAAACUGACCGACUUCGGUCUGGCGGCGGGUAUGCUCAAUCCUCGCAAAAUUGAAUCAAUGCGCGUGAAGCUGGAGGAGGUGGGCAACACCCCUGUUCCAUUUGGCCGUCCGAUGGAGCAGCGCACGAUGGCCGAGCGCCGCCAGGGAUACCGCAGCUUGCGGGAGCGUCAGGUUGACUAUGCAAAGUCUAUUGUCGGCUCCCCCGACUACAUGGCUCCGGAGGUGCUCAAGGGUGAGGAAUACGACUUUACGGUGGAUUAUUGGAGUUUGGGAUGUAUGCUCUUCGAGGCAUUAGCAGGUUACCCACCAUUUGCCGGAUCAACAGUGGACGAAACCUGGCAGAACUUGAAGAACUGGCAAAAGGUGCUCCGCCGGCCUGUUUAUGAGGAUCCUAACUAUUUCCUUUCAAAACGAACAUGGAACUUCAUCACCACACUGGUGGCAUCCAGGGAGCACCGUUUCAAGAACAUCAGUGAAAUUCACGCACAUGAGUACUUCAGCGAAGUGGAUUUCAGUCGACUGCGCGAGCAGCGCCCACCUUUCGUACCUCAACUGGACUCGGAGACUGAUGCAGGGUACUUUGACGAUUUCGAAAACGAGGCUGACAUGGCCAAGUACAAGGAAGUUCACGAUAAGCAACGGGCUCUGGAAGAGAUGGCUGAGCGUGAUGAAAAGAUGGCAAAGGGGCUCUUCGUUGGGUUUACGUUUAGACAUCGCAAGCCGAACAUCGACGGAACUGGGCGUCUCUCUCCCCGCAAGCCGAUACCAACCGAGGACUUUGGUACUAUCUUCUAGGGCUCAUGACCUUACUGUCUCCUCUUUCGUUGUUGUGGUCCGGACAAGCUGGUCUUGAAUGGCCGUUAUCUGAUUAAACUUCCUAAUGUAUGGCUGGCAUGAUCCGAACGGAGUUGACGAGUUGAGUUGUACGAUACAAAGAUACCUAGUAGUUAACCUGAACGUAAAGCUGUCAAUCG